UAUACUAUAUAUUAUUAAUUGAAAUUUGACAAAUCAAUUUCCGCCCUUUAGGGCGGGUCCUAAUCUAGUUUGGAUUAAAUAAGAUAGAAUCUAUUGUUGUUUUUUCAACAUCUGUUUCUAUUGACAAAUGAUUGGUUUGUAUUUGUUUAAUAUAUGAUCCAUCUGUACUGUCAUUUAGGAAACUACCCUAUACAAGAUUACAAGUUUACAACUAAAGCUAAUGGAAUAAUCAAAUAACAAUUAAUAUGUCCACGGAUUUUCACAGGGGAGCACCGGCAAAUGUAAAUCAUUUUAAACAAAACACAAAAGAAACUAUUCACAAAAUAUUUAUGGUGCGAACAAACCGACUGAUUCAAGGAAAGAAAACUGAAGCAUGAACACAAAGUAAAUCGUAGAAAUAAGUAUUGCACUUAAAUAAAAUAAAUAUUGCACUUAAGCCAUAUCGUUAAAUUAUUUAAAUACGUAAAUAUGUUACUAUAAUUAAAACCAAAAUCAAAAAAUUAAUUAUUAGUAAAUCACGUCACUAAAUAUAUACAAAGAAAUGCUGAGAUUUGAUUUUAAAAUUUCCUACCAAAGCAAAUUUGGCGUUAUAGUUCAUAUAUUGACUCGUAAAAAUAGACAGCAAAAAAAUUCUCUUAAUAUGACAAGAAUUACAUACAUAAUAUAUAUAGAUGCGUGGGUGUAUAAAACCCCAUUUGCGUAUUUGAAUAUCUCUCUCCUAUCUCUUCUGUGCUGAGAUGGGUUUAAAGGAUAACGUCACUUCUUAUGGCUCUGCAUUAGUGUUAUCGCUUUUUCCGCUUCUUCUUCAUCUUCUUCACCAAGCAGAAGGAUGUGAUAUGUUCACGGGACGGUGGGUGAAGGACUCUUCCUACCCUCUCUACGAUCCCUCCACGUGUCCUUUCAUACGACGCGAGUUCGCUUGCAAGAGAAAUGGACGGCCGGAUCUCGAUUACCCUACUUUCAGAUGGCAACCUCAGGACUGCAAAUUAGCAAGGUUCAAUGGAGUUGAGUUUCUGGAGAAAAACAAAGGGAAGAAGAUAAUGUUUGUUGGUGAUUCUCUUAGCCUAAAUCAAUGGCAAUCUUUGACAUGUAUGCUUCACUCUUCUGUUCCCAAUUCAACCUAUAACCUAACCACACAAGGCACUAUCUCAACCUUCACAUUCCAGGAGUAUGGAGUGGAACUGAAGCUGGACAGGAAUGUGUAUUUGGUAGAUAUAGUGAGGGAGAAGAUUGGGAGAGUGUUGAAGCUUGAUUCGAUCAACGACGGACAUAAUUGGUCAGAAAUGGAUACAUUGGUUUUCAAUACUUGGCAUUGGUGGAGCCGUAGAGGUCCUUCACAACCGUGGGAUUAUAUUCAAUUAGGGACUAACGUUACAAAGGACAUGGACCGUGUGGCAGCAUUUGAAAUCGCACUAGGGACUUGGGGAAAAUGGGUCGAUACGGUCGUAGAUACUCAGAAAACUAAAGUCUUUUUUCAAGGAAUCUCACCAUCUCAUUACAAAGGAGCUCUAUGGGGUGAACCAACGGCUAAGAGUUGCGCAGGGCAGACAGAACCACUUUUGGGGACAACUUACCCAGGAGGAUUGCCAACAGAAGUUGGAGUUUUGAAGAGAGCACUCGGGAAAAUAUCGAAACCGGUGACUUUGCUAGACAUUACAAUGCUUUCAUUGCUUCGCAAAGAUGGCCACCCUUCGAGUUAUGGUCUAGGCGGCCAAACCGCCAAUGAUUGCAGCCACUGGUGUCUCUCUGGGGUGCCUGAUACUUGGAAUGAGAUUCUUUACAAUUAUAUGCUUUAUUAAUAACAACACUACAUAGAAUAUUUUAGCAUAUUUGUUAUUCUGUUGGAUUCUACAUUUGAAUCUGAAUACAAAGAGAUAUAUUUCUUAUUGGCAAUGUGGUAAAAAGAGAUAUUUUUAAUGCUUCAAUUUUGA